UGUUCGCGGUUAUGUGCGAAGCCUGCUAAAUCGUGGAAUUGUAUAUGGCAAGAGCAAAAUAUCUGUUUACUAUGGAUAAAUUUGUACUUGUCCUCUGGGGAUUUUUAUUGCUAUCGGCUCCUAUCUUGACUGAUAGUAGUUGCGCCCCAACCCCUUCCAUACUCAAGGAAACCGUCGAGCGAUGCGAAAAGUCUCUGAGUGAAGAGGAUAGAGCAUUAAUCCGGGGUACAGAGCCGGACGGUGGAAAACUGAAGGAUUUCUCGUUAUGCUUGUACACUGGUUAUGGAUACUUUAAGAACGGAGCUUUCGACCUGGAGUACAUAAAAAAAUUUUUGGAAGAUAGCACUCCGGAUAAAGUUCUCGCAAAACGUGUUUACGAAGAGAGUGAGGAACAUCUCAAAGGAGCUAAUGCCCUGCAAGGAGCUGAUGAGGAAAAAACUUACAGUUUCUGGCUUCGUAACUUCGACCAAGAGUCCCGGAAUCUGCGGGAACAAUUAUGGUGUUAAUUCCGGAUGAGAAUCAUUUAAUAUUCCGAUGAGAAUGAUUUAAAUAGUUAUAUUUAGAUGCUAAUAAAGAAAAUCUCUAUAUUAUAUAAAUCGAAAUCGUCAGAAUCAGGGGCAGGGUUGUGGUCGGAAUU